AUGUGGUCAUGCGACGAUGGCAACCUCGUGAUCCCAUGGAAUGGAGGCAAACCGCUAAUGGCGCCAAGCCUAACUGCCAGGCCGUUCCCCCUUCCCUCCCCUCGCCUCUCCGGCGCCAAGAGCCAUCGCCUCCUCCUCGGCGUCAGAUGCGGCUCCGGCUCCGGCUCUCCCGGAAGCGGCGAUGACGACGCACCGCCGGUCGUCAGGGCGGCGGUCAGCGCCGCCACUGAGCUCCUCAGGGCCCUCUCUCCCAAGAAGCCAAGGCAAGCUGUCGAAGCCGUCGACGCAGAGUUGGAGUCGCCUCGCAGCGUCGAGGAAGUGGUGGCUGUUCUUGAAGCCGACUACCGGCGUGCUUAUUUCCUUACUGGGAACUUCACUUUGGGCAUAUAUGCUGAAGAUUGCUUGUUUGAAGACCCGACGAUAAAGUUCCGUGGAAGGUCUAGAGAUACUCCCAGAAUCUGGAUUUGUUAG